GUCCCAUUGGAAAGGUUUCCCUUCACUUCCUGUCCCAUAGCCAAACCAGGAAGUGAGAGGAAAGCCCUGCAAAGUGAGGAAAUCACCAGAACUAGUAUCCCAUUUGAAAGAUGUCCUCUUUAUUCCUGUUCCGGGGACAACCCAAAAUAUGAGAAUUUUCUUUUACUUUCAUUCUCAGGGCUGACUGCCCACUCAUGGAGCCCUUGGGCAAUAGGGCAUCAUGGGGCCCCUGUGUCCUUGCCCAAACUCAAAAAGCCUAUGAAAAAGGUACCAGGGGCAUCUCAUGGGGCCCCCUACUGACCCCGGGCCCUCGGGCAGUGCCCGAGUUUCCAAAUGGUCAGUCCGCCCCUGCUCUCCUACAUCCUUUCAAA